ACGGCCUUCGAAGCCUUCCUCCGGGGCAGCGACGCUCUAUCGGACCAGCAAUGGGAGGAGCUCGCACCCGCCAAGGCCUGGCGUUCUGCUGCGACCCGAGGAGGGGAGAGGUUUGUAAAGAUGGCUGUUUACCACUCUUCCUUCUUUUGUCUUCGUGUGACACCGUUCUACCUUGUUGAGGUACUCGUGUCUCUGCGGCGCCUGCCGCCUACGGCCUUGCCAGAUCAUCUCUUCCAAAGCUCCUGCUGGGUGAAGAUGAACUUGGUCAUGUACGUCCAUUAUUCUGUGCGUGGUGAUCCCGAUGGGGAUGAUGGCGACGAUGUCGGCGACGAGAACGAUGCCGAGCUGGACUCUGAUCCCAAGCUGCUGCGCAUGAUUCGAGUCUCUCGUCUUGGAGACACCGUUGCCAAUCUGCAGACCCGCCGCGACCGGGAGGUCGGGGAGCUAACCCUCAAGCGCGAUGAGCUCGAGGAAGCUCGAAGGCGCUUUGAGAGCGAAGAUCAGAUGCACAGCGCUUGCCUGGCCCUUAUGCUCUGA